CCAGACUGGCCAAAAACCCUUUUCCAUACAGCUCUCUACAAAAAGCGCUUUCCUGUCUUCACCCAACCUCGUAUUGUUCAAUGCCUCACUUGCAAAUCUAGCCACAGUAUCACGAAGCCCAGCAAGAGAAGCCUUUCCAUUGGUAUGGAAAUGGCCGUAAACUGGGAGACAUUUAAUGGCCAAGUGCCUCAUUACAGAACUUUGCAGCCAAUCUGGCAAUUGGGUAUAAUCGGCAAGUAUGCUUUGAACCACCGGUAA